AGACAGAAGAGUAUGAACAGGAAACCAUCUGAGGGAGGCAGAGGGAAACGGUACUCAUAUAAACUACUCCACGAGUACAACGUGGAGACUGUGGUGGUGGCAGACCCAGCCAUGGUCAGCUACCACGGCUCAGAUGCAGCCAAACGAUUCAUCCUCACCAUCAUGAAUAUGGUAUGUACAUAGAAUUACAUAUACUAUAAAUAUAUUAUACUAUACAUAUAGAAUCAUUUCAUAGGAUAUCUAUGGGUAUGUGUCUCUGUUCUCUGGUCCUGUCCAGAAACAACCCCUUAAACCACGGGUGUCAAACAUACCGCCCGCGGGUGGUUUGAGUAAAAUGACUAAAAUGUGUAGAAAUAAUAAUGGACCUACAUUCAUACAGUUUCUUGACUGUGUCCAGCUUGAUAAUAAUCACCGAAAUGACAGGUAGACAGUCAGGGAGCACCGAAAAUUCAAAAAGAAGACAUUCAUUGAAGACCGAAUGUGGCCCCUGGGACACCCUAACCUUACCCCUAUCCCCCUACCCCUACCCCCCUACCCCCUACCCCUACCCCUACCCCUACCCCCCUGUACUUCCCUGGCCCUAUCCAGAAAAGCCUCUAAACCCCUAGGCACUUGCUUAGAACUGAAAGGAAGGGAUAUGUGUAUUGCUGCGAUAUAGCAAUAUACUCUUGUUGCUGUGUUAUUACAAGGGUUUUACAUUAUAUCCAUUCCUUUCUUUUUGCAGGUUUUCAACUUGUUUCAACACAAGAGCCUGGGCAUACAGAUCAAUAUCAGAUUGACUAAACUUGUGCUGCUUCAGGAAACACCAGUAAGAGACAUCAAGCUAACACUACUUCAGCUGUACAGUAUGGGCCAUAACCUACAAACCAGAUUCACUUAGAGUAACUUAACUUCUAUAUUCUACAACAAGAAUAUUUUGAAUGUCAUGUCAUGAACACAUCAUAAGCAGUCAUAGUGCCUUAUGUCAGGUCAUAACAAUGAAUUACAUUUCUAUUUUGAUCUCUUUCUCUCCCUCUGUCUGUCUGUCUGUCUGUCUGUCUGUCUGUCUGUCUGUCUGUCUGUCUGUCUGUCUGUCUGUCUGUCUGUCUGUCUGUCUGUCUGUCUGUCUGUCUGUCUGUCUGUCUGUCUGUCUGUCUGUCUGUCUGUCUCUUUGUCUGUCUGUCUGUCUGUCUGUCUGUCUGUCUGUCUGUCUGUCUGUCUGUCUGUCUGUCUGUCUCUCUGUCUGUCUCUCUGUCUGUCUGUCUGUCUGUCUGUCUGUCUCUCUCUCUCUCUGUCUGUCUGUCUGUCUCUCUGUCUGUCUAUGCAGUCAGACAUGUACAUUGGUCACCAUGGUGAGAAGAUGCUGGAGAGCUUCUGUCGUUGGCAGCAGGAGGAGUAUGGGAAGAAGAGUGUGAUGUCAGACUUUAGCACUCGGUGGAGGGAGGACUUACCCUCCGUGGACACGGCCAUUCUAAUCACAAGGUACUGUGUCCAUGGCAUGCACUGUUCAUAG